UUCCUUAAGCUAUAUAAAGCCAAAGGUCGUCCUUUCCUCCUUGACUUCUCCUGAUAGAAUUGAAGAGGAAUGACCCCUAUGGCAAUCACAUUGUCUCACAGUAACAUCAUCAUUCCAAGAAACCCAACUGAGAAGAGCAGGAGAGCUUGCUUGUGCCAUAACAGCAAAAUCAUUCCUGCCGCAUCAGUUUCGAUUAACAAGUUGCCGAGAGGCAUAAAGGUUUUUGAGGAUCAAGAAAUGGGAGUGAUAUGCUUCAGAUAUGAAAAUGGGGAAAUAGUAUGUGAAGGAUUUGAUGAAGGACCCCGGUUUGUUCGAUCCGAUUCUGUGCGAAAAAGAUUGGGAAGAAGGAAUAAAGAGUUUCAGAUCCCAAGCUUUCUGAAAAUAUAUGACUCUGGAUCAUGACUUCUGAUGGUGUAUUGGAAAGACGGUUAGAUAAGUAAAUAAUUAAGAGUCGAAGCUUUAGGAAUUCACCUUGCUGUUGUAAAUGCAUGCAGUGAAGUAUUGAAUGUAAAAUUUGGUCUCUGCUGUGAAAGUUCCAGGGUUGUAAUCAGUGAACAUACCAAUUUAAUUAUAUCGUGCAUAGUUUGAGGUCGUCA